CCAUGUCAUCAUUGGCGGAGGAAACACAAAAUUUGAAGUUUCUUAAAAUUCAACGCUACGCUAUGGGCAUCCUAGGACUGGAUCUGGGGGUUACUUCUCGCAAGCAACUCAUCAAAUCACCGGGAACUUUAGCUUUCUUUACCUUUUCCAUUGUGUUAUUCCAAUAUGGAUUCUUUAAUUAUGCCAAGGAUAGCAUCACCGAUAUAGAUACCAUCACCAGUUCCUUAUCGAUGUUUAAUAAGGGUGGUCUACUUUUGUUUAAGGGGUCUAUGCUUAUACACUAUGGUGGCAAGAUGUUGAAUUUAAUAUGGAAUUUAAACUCUUUGGCCAAAGAAGCCAAUGCCGAGGAAUAUGAAAAAUGGUUAUCGGAGAAUCGGCGCGCCGUAUUGCUGGCCAAAUCUUAUUUUUGCGCUUGUUUGACAUCGGUUGUCUGUUGUGCACUUUUACCAUGGCUUUUUGUAAUCUAUGAAUACUUUAAAGGAGUGGAGCCUCAUUUGGAGUUGCCCUUUGCAGUGAAAUUCCCCUACGAUGAUGGCGGUUGGAUUGCCUCUUUGGUCAUUUAUAUCUUGACAUUAAGCCUAUUGCGAGCCUUAUCCAAUACCUCCAUAGGCAUUGAUACCCUGUUUGGUUGGUAUAUUUUCGCCAUAUCUGGCCACUUUCACAUUUUACGUGAUAAAAUCCAAAAGGCGGCCAUGAAAAUAGAUUUGUAUGAUAAUCAUUUGGAUUUUCAACAGGACAUUGCAGCAUUUGUUACGUACCAUAAUCAUGUGGCAAUAUUUGUCGAAGAUCUGAAUGAGCUUUACGGUGCCAUAUCAUGGGCCGAAAUAACUUUGAGUUGUUUGCAAAUGUGUUUUCUUUUAUAUUCCCUGGGAAAUGAUCCAAAUUUAGCUAGCAUACCAUUUCAUUUUCUUGCCACCGCUGCUAUUAUAAUACAGUUGAUGAUCUAUUGUUUUGGAGGGGAAAAGUUGAAGUAUGAGAACGACUUGCUUUGCAAAGAAAUCUACAUGGUCAUGCCCUGGGAGAAAAUGCAUCUAUCGGAGAAAAAGUUGAUAUUAAUCGCUCUAGUUCGCACCCAAAAGGAAACCAUAUUGAAGGGUUUGUUUUAUCAUCUAAAUCAGAGUCUCUUGGUGUUUAUUUUUAAAACUGCAUUUUCUUUCAUCACUUUACUAGGCGCCAUAAAGGAAUAAUAAAAAAACAAAAUAAUUGUAUAUCUUUCCUCCA